AUGUUCUUCUGGUUCUCCGAGAUAUUUGUUUGGCUGUUGAGCAGCAAAAAAUCUGCCAAGACUUUUUCUCUGCUGACAAUUUUUUUGUUCGAUCCAAGCUUCAUCAAAUCUUCAAGGAAGCAACCAAAUCGACUUUAUCACCACCAAUUAAGCUGCCAACGCCAUCAGUCUUACUUCCAACGAUACACACCCUUCACAAUGGCUGGUGGUGCAAUGAAAUAUCGACAUUUGGGGCGCAAGUCCUCACACCGACGGGCCCUGCUUCGAAAUCUAGUCACGUCUCUCUUCACACAUGAGUCGAUAACAACGACAUGGCCCAAGGCAAAAGAGGCUCAACGGCUGGCGGAGAAGCUGAUUACGCUUGGAAAGAAGAAUACAGAGGCCAGCCGGAACAGGGCGAUGACUUAUUUCUUUGCACCACAUAAGAUGCUACCAAAACUGUUUGGCCCUCUUCGAGAACGAUAUAUGGAUCGACCAGGUGGCUACACCCGAGUACUGCGCAUUGAGCCCAAGAAAUCAGACCAAGCCCCCUCCGCCAUUCUCGAGCUGGUGGAUGGCAAGCGAGAUAUGCGAUUUGCCAUGACUGCCAGAACACUUGCUCACCAGCGAGCUUUGGGAGAAGAAGAAAUGAAUGAAAUCACAGCGAAGAACGUGGAGAAGGUGACUAGGUUUAGACCUGACGGACAAGCCGUGCUGGAGAAGGAAGUGGAAAGGUUAUUCAACGAGAAGAAAGGCCGUCAAAGCUGA